AUGCCGGCGCGUCCCGCGCCGCCUCCCCGCUGGAGCAAGCCGCUGAAGGGCAAGCACGUCGACCUCAAGGCCCUGCUGCUGGAGGCGUAUGAGAACGGGCGCCUGACGGCGGUGCUGCCGCUGGUGUGCAAGGUCCUCGAGGGCGUCCAGAAGUCCCGCGCGUACAAGCUGCCCAACCCGUGGACCGCGGCUGUCAUGAGUCUCCUCGCCGAGAUCCACGACGUCCCCAACCUGAGGACCAACCUGAUGUUCGAGGUCGAGGUGCUUUGCAAGCAUUUGGACAUCAAGAUUAGCGACCUGAAAAG